UCAGUGAGAUAGCGGACAUGGCUGAAACACGCCGUGGUUACAUAUUUGGUGCAUUCCUGUCAGGAGUUUUGUGUGUUCUAUUAAUUGUUGUGGCACUCGCCAGCGAAGGAUGGGUGGUUUCAAGUGCAAGUACUACCGACCAGUACAAAGACAGUACAGUACAAUACGGUCUGUUCCAAGGGGAGUUGGUUCUGAAUCUGCUAGUGACACCUUCAUACAACAAGCUCUAUAUGACAUGUGUAUCUGACGUGAACGCUUGCGCAGUUAGUUGCAAGACCGAGGCCAAAGCAAGAGAAGAAGAAGUACGCGCUCUUUCCAAAGGCUACAGACCGAACCAGGCAUGUGUGUCGGUAACCACUGUCGAUACAAGCAAUCCACUUGAGACCCCACCAGUAAUAGCGUACAGUUUGUACAUAAGUCUGGUCACGUUGUUGAUCGCGCAUGUAGCCGUGGCUUUAUGCGCGGCAGGACUCGCUAUUCUCAAUGCGACCAAGAAUCCUACGGAACCUAUAUUUGGGUUGCCAGGAUGUUUAUGGAGCAAUGUGGCAGCGGCUGUUGUCGGUGUGACUUUCCUACUGUUCUUUGGCGUAUACUGGGCAGUGUCUGGUUGGAAUGACCACCUUGCCUUCUCUUAUACAGCCCUGGGCUUGUUGAGGCCCUCACCACACCUUGGCUUCUCAUAUUGGCUGAUACUCGGGUCCUGUCUCUGCUCUUUGGGAAAUGUAGCCCUUCUCUGGACGCGCAGUUACUUGCUUGAGCGAGAUCCACCACCACCUACCAUUAAGCUUGAGAACCAUUCAGAUGGAACUGUCUUCCUUUACUGAUGCGUUAAAAAUAAAAGCAAUUACAAUCUACAGGAAUAACACUUUUUGUUAAUUUUUAAAUGACAUCCAUUUUCCUCCUUAGAUGGACAUCUUUGAAAUAACACAUUUAAAUCGAUUUACUAUUUCACAUUAUUAACUUAUUAUUAUUCGUAGAGAAAAUUGUAUUUUAUUUUGAACUAUGUUAAAGUUAUGUAAGUAAAAGACCACUUCAUUAUUAUAAUAGUUAAUCUAAUCGCGCUUUGUAUUGAUUUACGAAUGUCACAUUCUUUUGUGAUUUUGUUGUUGUGAUCCCUGAUAUUUAAAUUUAAAUAAAAUCAUGAGUUUAAAGUUUUAAUUGAAAUACAAUUUAAGAUUACACAAGGAGCGACAAGUAACAAUAUCAAUUUUAUUAUAAUAUUGUACGGACAUAGCACACAUUCGUAAUUCAAAAAAAUAAAUCGCAUAUAUCUGCUGCGAUUUCCUAAUAAAUUUUAAGAUGUGCAAUUUUAAACCCUUUUUUAUAAUUAUCUUACAUAUACAGUUCAACAACGAUCAAAUUUAUUAUGUAAUAGAUUAUGAUGUUU